AUGGACAGCUCCCUAACCAAGACUCUAAGUGAUUUCCAAUGGAGAAACAAACUAUUGGAGUUUGGCAUUUCAAAAAAUAAUAACUUGCCCGACGCUGAAUAUAUUCUCGAGAAUCUUAGAGAAAACGGCUACGAAGUUGAUCAGUGCCUAGUCAUAGCUGACGGUAUCCUCGUCGAUGUUAGAGACUUACAACGAUAUUGCAAGCGCAAAGGCAUAUCAUCAACCAAGGGCGAACUAUCACUACGCGCGCAACAUAUCUUUUUCAUUCCUCUGCCUUUCACGUUCACAGUUCUCGGUGAUUUGGAGUUUUUGAAAAGCUUCAGAAAACUCCUCUGGUACACCCGUUUGCAUUUCGAUAAAUGCUUCACUACCGGUAUAUGGUCACCGAACAAUUAUGGUAUAUAUGGGCGACAUCCGAUAUUAAUACCAGGUCUUUCGAAUCUCACUACGUUGCAUAACAUGAUAUGUGACGCCCUCAAACACUGGAGAAAUGGAAACUGUAAAAGAUUCUGGGCGGAGAUUGCCACAGCUCAGUCGUUGCACAGAUCGAUCGUCCAGACGUACCACCAUCGUCAAUUUCCCGACAUUUUGGCAAUUUCACUGCUUCUCGAAAGACACCAGCUGUCUCGUCUCCGCAUUGGUAUGGCCAAAGAUCUGUUCGCUUGGGCGAAUGACGACGCCGUUGGCCUCCAAAGCCAUGACCCUAGGAGAAGAAUUUUUGAAGAGAUGAUACAUUUGCCAAUGGAUCCUCAGGGUCACUUGUAUCUCGCAUACGAUGCUUAUUGCCGCCAUCUUUGGAUGACUAGGACGACUGGAAACGGCCCUAUCAAGGCAUAUUAUGGAUACAACCAAGCGAGCCUACCUCGUACUAUUCCAGGAGGCUUUUACAACUUGUUCAAAGGCAAGAGUAUCAUCGAGAUUCAAGGCAUACUUCAACAAGUAGAUCUGAUGUUUCCCGUAAUCGAUCACGCGAGGGUCUGUUUGUGGCAGACGGCCAUUCGGUAUUUGCUGCAAGAACACCGAUACGAUGAUGCGGAGACAUUCAGCGCAAACCUGGCAUCAUCCCUUCUCUCAGAUCCGUAUCCACCAGGGAUUUUCCAAGAGCGCCAACUCAACGCAGACACAUCAAUCACCUUAUUUCUGCUUGGAUCGGCUCAAAUAUCCCUGAAGAAAGUCCCCCAGGCUCAAAGAAGUUUUGCGAAAUGCGUCGAGAUAAGGAGUGUCCGGGUAUCCGAUUACUCCUGGAUCCCAUACUCGCAGGUGCACUAGAGAAGUUGCAAAAUUUGUCAGAACGGAUGAAAAACUAUGUAGCGAUAGAAGAAUGCAAAUGGCGG